AUGCAUCUAUUAUAUGAUAUUAUACUAAUUUUAAUAUCUAUUCAAUCUUAUUUAUGUCUGAAUAAUCUCACCUAUGUGUUGUCAAAUAUAAAUGCAAGUGAGAUAAAUUCAGUAUUAAGCUCAAAUGAUUAUAUAUUAACAAAUUCUUCGUAUGUUCUACGUUUACCAUUACGUGGUGUUCAAUUACUUAAUUCAAUUCAAACACUUCUAUCAUCAAAUGAUACUCAAUCAAUUGUUUUCAGUUCGAAUAGGAGCGAUUGUUCAUUACCAAUAGCGUUAGCACUAAAAUAUAACACGAUUAAUAUCAGUAGUCCAUUAUGUUUCUCUGACAUAGCUUCAUCCAUAAAUAAUAUUCUACAAUUAGCUGUGACAAGUCAACAAUUAGCAGCUGCGGCCAGUAGUUUUAUGAAUCAAUAUUCGUUAACUUAUUUUUCAAUAAUUAUCAGUGAAUCAGACGAUUUUUAUUCGAAUUUAGCACAACAAUUUUCGGCUUAUUUGGCAGAGAAAAAUUUUAUUUCUGAGCAAAUUUUAGUUCAAUCAAAUUUUCCACCAUCAUCAAGUUCUUCGAAUAGUAAAGUGUUUUACAUAGUAUGUUCAUAUAAUGAUGAAAUUCUACUUUAUUCUCAAGCUCUGAUAUAUUCGAAAUCAAGAUCAGCAGACAAUAUAAUUUUUAUAUUUCUUCGCUGGUCGCCUCAUUUUGUUAGCUUUUAUACACCACAAUUUUUACCGAAUACAUCAUCAAUAGGAACUUCUGGUUCUUUUCCUAUUCUUCAUCUUCUACCAAUCGAUUACAGUGUUACCAGCAGUUUUCAAAAUAUGGUUUCAACUUAUGCCCACAUUCUUUCGAGUACAUCGAAUGUAUCGUUCGCUGAUGAUAUAAUAUUUAUUUUAAAUGAACUUGAAAGUGUCGAAUAUCUUCAACCAUCACAUCCAUCAUUAUCUCUCAGUCCAGUUACGUUAGAUAGUAAUCAUCAACGCCUAUUUCAAUAUUUAUUCAUCGGUCGACAAUGCAAUUCUACAUGGACUGUAUUCAAAAAAAUCAAUACGACAAGUUCAACAUUUACAAAUAUUGAUACAACUACAAAUAUAUGUACACAUAUUAUUUAUCCGACUUCUGAUGGCACUUCUACGACGACUGAUACUGGUUGGCAAACACUUCGAGUUGUACUAUUCUCAUUACUGGGAGUUGGUUUAGUAUGUGCCGUUUUACUGAUUGCUUUUUUUAUGAUAAGAUCGCGUCGUGCUCGAACACAAAUGUCCAAAGGUCCAAAUAAAAUCAUUCUAUUACCGGACGAUUUAAUGUUUGUUAUGCCAAAAGGAUCAAUAUUUACAAGCAAAGUCAAUUUAAAAAAUGAAGUACACGAAAGAAGUAAUUUAUCAAUGCGUAGUGAUGAUCAUCGGGCAGGAAAAACAGCACGUUUCAAUGGUGAUUUGGUUGAAGUAAAACAACUACAUAUUGGUCCAUUAUCGCUUCGUACUAAAGUUAUGCGCGAAUUACGACAAUUAAAAGAUUUACGACAUGAAAAUGUUAAUACAUUUAUUGGAAUUUUUAUUGAUCAAAAGUCACCGGCAUUAAUUUUUGAAUACGGCGAUAGAGGCAGCCUCGAAGAUAUUCUUAAAAAAGAAGAAAUAAAACUUGAUUGGAAUUUUAAAUGGUCCAUGCUCAAUGAUCUUGUUCGAGGUAUGCGAUAUAUAUCGAAUUCUUCGAUACGUUGCCAUGGAAAUUUAAAAUCGAGAAAUUGCAUUGUCGAUUCACGUUGGGUAUUGAAAAUAACAGAUUAUCGUCUGAAUGAAAUUUAUGCUUUACAAAAUUCUCCAAAACAAGUUGAAAUAGCUGAUCUUUUAUGGAUGGCCCCUGAACAUGUUCGCACAGCAAUAAUUAAAAAUGAUGUUGCAACACUGGUGACAAGUUCAUUAGCAGGUGAUGUCUAUAGCUUUGGUAUUAUUAUGCAAGAAGUUAUUUUGCGUGGACCACCCUAUUGCAUGCUGGAGCUCACACCUCAAGAAAUAAUUGCUAAAAUUAAAAAACCGCCACCAUUAUUAAGACCGUCCGUAUCGAAGCAAACUGCACCGCCGGAAUAUAUUAAUUCGAUGAAACAAUGCUGGUCGGAGCAAGCAGAAUCGAGGCCAUCAUUUAAUGAUCUUUCUCAGUCGAUUAAAUUACUUAAUGGUGGAAAAAAAGUGAAUAUUGUUGAUACAAUGUUUAAAAUGCUUGAACAAUAUUCAAAUAAUUUGGAAGAUCUAAUUCGAGAACGAACAACACAACUUGAAGAAGAAAAGAAAAAAACUGACAAACUUCUAUCGCAAAUGUUACCACCGAGUGUUGCGGACAGUUUGAAAUCUGGUAAAGCCGUUGAGGCCGUAUGGUACGAAUGUGUAACAAUUUACUUUUCGGAUAUUGUUGGCUUCACAACAAUAUCUGCAUUAAGUAGUCCAAUGGAAGUUGUUGAUUUAUUAAAUGAUUUAUAUACAAUGUUCGAUUCGAUUCUUGAAGACUUCGAUUGUUAUAAGGUUGAAACAAUUGGCGAUGCAUAUAUGGUAGUCAGUGGUCUUCCAAUUCAAAAUGGAACAAGACAUGCAUCAGAAAUAGCUAUGAUGGCAUUAACACUUUUACAUGCAUGUGGCAAAUUUAGAAUUCGCCACAUGCCCGGUGUGCCAUUACGAUUACGUAUUGGUCUUCAUUCUGGUGCAUGCGUUGCUGGUGUUGUUGGUCUAAAAAUGCCGCGAUAUUGUCUAUUCGGCGAUACAGUAAAUACGGCAUCACGAAUGGAAUCGACAAGCAUGGCUUUUCGUAUUCAUACGAGUGAAACAACAGCUGACUUGUUGGAAAUUCUGGGUGGAUUUAAUUUAGAAUUUCGUGGUGUUACCGAAAUUAAGGGCCGAGGUAACUAUAGGACAUAUUGGCUUUGUGGAAAAGAAGGUUUUGAUAAAGAACUACCAGAGCCAGUUAUCUCCGAAAAUAAUCAUGGUCUCGAUAAAGAACUUGUUCGAUUAGUUGAAGAAAGAAAAGCACAAGAAGAAGAAGCUGCUAAACGAAAAGAGUCAAAUAAUGAAAUUCACGUUAAGCCAAUUAUUGAAACAGUGCCCGACAAACCAUCAGCGCCAACAACGGCGCCACCUGCUGCUACCGCUUCAGUUAAAUUCAAGGAUAGUGAAGCUAUCGAUGAUUUAUUAAGAUUUACGCCCCCGCCGUCUAAUCAACAAAAACAAUAUAAAUCGAAUUCAAUAGCGAAAGAAUUAACUCCAAAUGAACUGCCAGCUAAACUACAACAACAAAUGAAUGAACCCACACGGAAGUCAACUAAAGUAAAAUGGUGA